AUGGACACGAUUUUCACGUUAAAAUCGAUCCUCGGUGCGGAUGCAGCUCGAGCGACAGCAUUAAUUUUAGGAAAGACAAAACCAGAACCAAAAAUAUCAGACGUACCUCCAACGGGUGAAGAAGACAAUGGAUCCGUCGUCGGAGGAAACGUUAGCUCUAAUUUGUCAAACGAAACAAUCAGCGUGGGAAACGUGACAAAAUUAACGGGAGUGCCACAAAUAGAUUACAUAUAUGAUCCAAAUUUACCAAGAGAACUUAACGGUUAUAAUUUGACUGAUUAUCCAUUUUAUAAUUCGAUACCGGAAGACAUUGAUUUCAAAUGCGACGGUUUGCACGAUGGUUUCUAUGCUAGCGUUCCUCACAAAUGUCAGGUUUAUCAUCAUUGUUUGUUUGGAACCAGGUACGAUUUCCUUUGUGCCAAUUACACGGCUUUCGAUCAGAAAACUUUUAUUUGCCAUUUUGCAUCUGAAGUAGACUGUAAAAAUUCUCCGAGAUAUUUUAACAGAAAUGAAGCGCUUUAUAAAGCUACAACAACGACAACGGUUUCACCCUACGGUGGAUCAGGUUCGGCUUUAAGGAGAGCACAACAGGAUUCUCCAGGUGGUAGAAGACGAAGACCUCACAGAAAGAAAAAACCAUCUUACGAAUAUUACGACGAUGAAUAUGAAGAUUUUGCCGAUGAUGAUUAUUACGAUGAAGAUACCGGAAGAAGAAGAAAACCGCGUCCGCGUCCGUCGUUGAGCGACAGUGAUCAUUCGCAAGAUCCGGAAGAAGAAAAAGAUUUACCAACCGGACCCAACAAAUCCGUUUUUGAUCGUCCAAGAGUGGCACCUAAAAUUCGUAGACCGGUACCGGUAAACGAAAGAGAUAAAUAUGAUUAUAGCAGCGAUUCACGCGCCAUAAUUAAAGAGCCCGUAGUUGAGAAAAAGAAAUUUGAAGAAUCAGAAAGUUCAAGAAAGCCGAGUAAUCAAUAUCACGAACCGGAUGAUAAAAAUAAAGAAUAUGACACGGAAAGAGAGAGAGAAAGGGAACAUAAACAAGAGGAUGAUUAUGGUAGUGAUAGGGAAAGAGAGAGAGACAGGGAUAGAGAUAGAGAAAGGGAUCGAGAUAGAAAUAUUGAAAGAGACUGGGAUAGAGAUAGAGUGAGAGAAAGAGAGAGAGAUAGAGAUAGUGAGAGAGAUCGUGAGCGUGAAAGGGAUAGAGACAGAGACAGGGAUAGAGAUAGAGAUAGAGAUAGGGACAGAGACAGAGAUGAUAGACUUUAUAGAGACAGGCGUCCUCCAAAAAAAAGGCGAAGACCAGAUGAUGUCGAUUAUGAAUAUGAUGAUUACGAAGAAGUAAGAAGAUAUAGGCCAGGUAGAAACAGGCCCAGAUACGAUGAAUACGACGAUUACGAUUACGACAGGCCGCAUAGAAGAAAUAGAGAUCCGGAAUAUCGUAUCAGAGAUCACGAUUACGAUCGAGAUAAACCAUACAGAAGCAGAGAUUUCGAUUACGACAGGCCUCGAAACAGAGAGAGAAAUAGAGAUUAUGACAGACCCAUAAAAAGCAGAGAUGCUGAUGAAAGGCCAAGUCGAUUACGAGAAGAUGAUAGGCCGAUAAGAGUAAGGGAAGAAGAAAAACCGGUGAUAAGAAAUCGCGAAGUAGAAAAAACAACGUCAGAAGAACGUUUUAAUAGAAAUAGAAACGAUCAAUUAUUUCGAUCAAAUAGUGAUAGUAAAAUAAAUAAAAAUAGAAAUAGAGAAACGAACAGUGAUAACAGGCAUUAUUUUUCAACUGAUAACGACAGAUUUAGGGGUGCGGAAAAAAAAGAAUCUUAUUCGACGGAAUCACCUAAAAACGAUGAAAAAAUAAUCAAAGUUGGUACGGAGCAUAAAGAAGUAGUAAAUAAUAAUAAUAAUAAUAAACAAGAUGAAAUUACUCAGUCACGUGGUCGCGAUCAAGAUCGAAAUAAAAAUCAGGAAAGAUUAAAUAAAUUCAGAGACAAUUCGGAUAAAUUUCAAUUUAAAAGUAGAAUACCGACCAGAGAAAUUUCUGAUGUUGAAACGACAAAAAAAUUCGAUGGUUUCACCGCUCAAAGAUCUAAAAGCGUCGAAGAACCGGGAAAACCUUAUUGGAAUGAAGACAAUAAAGAAGAAGGUACAAUCAGAGGCGGAAAUCCAUCUCAAAGAUCGCGAGCUCCAAUAACUUCCGGUAAUUCAGAAGAAUUAAGUAAUAAUAAUAACGAGCAAAGUAAACCGGUACCCGCAGCGAGACCAGCAUUCAUAACUAAACCGUAUGAUGCGGUGUUGCCAGUUCAAGCACAGCCUUUUACUAGAAGACCUUACACGGAAACAAACGGAAGAAAACAAAAUGGAUUUAAAAGACCUCCUUUAUCCAGAGUUCCAUCUGUUGAGGAACCAAUCGAAAAUGUCGGGGCACAAGAACCGAUCAAUCAACCGUCAUUCGAUCAAUUUAAUCAAAGAACAAAAGUUGAAGAGGUCAAAAGCGAAAGAGGUGAAUUCAGACCUCAAAUUUCAACUUCUGAUGAUGAUAAUCGAUAUGUAAAACCAUCAGAGCAACAGCAUGCUGCAGAUCUCACUACGCCAAAACUAAAAGUCCCAUUAGAUGAUUUUACAACAUCGGAAGAAUUAGCUCCGAGAGCUCCUAAAACUCCUCAAACAAUACCUCGAAGACGUCCUUUCCUACCGAGCAGAAACGGAAACGGAAAUCUUCCCAGAGGUUUACUUCCGGUGGGAUCUAAAGCCGUUCAAACUCCUCGAGGUUUUAGUCUUCAAAACAACAAGAAACAAGAAGAAAACGAACAAGAAUUUUCUUCUUACGAUGAUAAUAACGAAAAACCGGAAAAUGAAUUUAAAUAUCAGAGCAACGGAGGAGUAGAAUUCAGAGCUAAAUUAUCGACCGCCAUCGGAGUAGAUCAACCUAAACUAACACAGUUUUAUCAAGAAGUUCAAAGUACCGAAUUGGAUCUUCCAAAAUACGACGUUGAUACUCAAGCGAGUGGUCCUGCGGAAGAAAAUGUCGAUUUUCCUACAAAUCCUCAAAUUAAAGACAAUAACGAUGAGUUAAUCAACACGAGAUCAGAAUAUCAGGAACCAAAUCGAGAAAAAGGAAACGGAAAUUCUCAAGAUUAUUCCAGCAGUCACAUCGUGCCUGAAUAUCAACCGGAAAACGAUGGAACGUAUAGAGAAGAGCCAAAUCCCAAUUUCGGACAAAAUUUUAGGCCGAAUCAGGAUUUUUCGAAUUAUCGCGAUGCACCCCUGCCACCACCACCACCGCCACCCCAACUAAUUCAGGGAAAUCGUAAUCCGGAUCAAGUAUUUAGGGGAAGGCAAAACGUUCCCAGUUUAAUAAAUCAACAACAGCCACAAAUAAAUCAUUUUAAUUCUGAUAAUUCAGAAAUUUAUUCAGCUCAAACUUUUCCACAGCAAAAUCCCGAAUCUCAACCGCAGCAAAUUUCGCCGCCGAGUUUUUAUUCGGAAAAUCCAAAAUUUAAAACGACCGUUAAAAUCCCUAGUCAAUUUUCGUAUAAUAAACCCAUAGAACAAUCGAAUGGUUUUAAUCCGAGUAUUCAAAUCCCGAUACAACAACAAACAAAUUUGAGGCAAAACAAUCAGGGGAGGCAACCGGAUCACGUAGUACAGGAUCAUAACAUAAGACACGUUAAUUUAAAAUUUCCAAAUCAAAACGAUAAUUUGGACAAUUCAGACGAAUAUGAUGUUUCAUUAAACGACGCAUUACAACCCAUUUCGACAUUACAUCCUAGAAAUGUAGCCACGGGUAUUUACCUAUCGAAUUUACCUAGAAAUCAACAACAGCAACAGCAACAACAAUCCUCUUCGGGAUUUAGAAGAAGAACUCAUAACGGAAAUCCACGACGUGGCGAAAUUGAAGAACAAAAAGAAUAUAAUAGCAGAAGAUUUGACUCGACUCAAAGAAACGUUCAAGAGUCAAGAAAUGUGCCAAAUCAUUCAAAAAGAUUCGUUAUGCAUAGAGAAGCUGCAUCAAACAUACAACCGAGAUUUGUUAUUUCUCCUUUAAAUGACCGUCCAAUACCCGUACCGGACACGACGAAUACUCAUCAAUGGGAAUGA